GCAACACUGAUAUAUCAGUAGUUUCUGAAUCCCUGGUCCCGGCGUAAAUUUUUUUUGCAAAAUUGCUGGGCAAUAAAACAUUAAGAAAUCGCCUCAAACUAAUGCCAAAUUAUCAACAACGUUUGUAAAUAUAUAGCCAAAGCUAGUCCAGUUGUGGGAGAGUUGUCUCCGAGCACCCAGAUCACUUGAAGAGCAGUUUUCGUACACAAACGGGACCGGAGCGGACUCGCGGUGUGUGUAUAACAAAAUGGCGUCCUCGCAAGUCUCAAAUAAAUCGGGCUCCGGCUGGCCGCGCCGCGGAAGCCAAGGCCAGGCGGAUGCCGUCAACAGCAACAACAAUGGCACGCAAAAGUAUGCCACCAACCAGGCGCUGACCAUCAAUCGCACCAUCAACCUAUACCCGCUGACCAACUACACAUUCGGCACCAAGGAGCCGCUCUUUGAGAAGGAUCCGUCGGUGCCGUCGCGCUUUCAGCGGAUGCGAGAGGAAUUUGAUAGAAUUGGCAUGCGCCGGUCUGUGGAGGGAGUGCUGCUGGUCCACGAGCAUGGGCUGCCCCAUGUACUGCUCCUACAGCUGGGCACCACAUUCUUCAAACUGCCGGGCGGCGAGCUCAAUGCCGGCGAGGACGAGGUCGAGGGUCUGAAGCGAUUGCUUUCCGAGACGCUCGGUCGCCAGGAUGGCGUUAAGCAGGAAUGGAUAGUAGAGGACACCAUUGGCAAUUGGUGGCGGCCAAACUUUGAGCCACCGCAAUACCCAUACAUUCCGCCGCACAUCACCAAGCCGAAGGAGCACAAGCGGCUCUUCCUCGUCCAGCUCCAUGAAAAGGAUACGGACGGGAACGCCAGUUACGAUGUACCCUGAGCUGUUCCAUUAGCGCCGUGUGUGUCGUAUCUACCCAACUCAACUCUCAAGAGUGCAAUGCCAGAAUCGAGCAAACAGAAAAGUCAAAGAAACAGAGAAAGAAAGAAACAAACAGAUCGAUCGCAAGGCGGGCGGAACUCUUAGUUAGUUUGAUUCUUGUAUCUUGAAAAAAGUGUCUCAAAUCCAAAUCAAAAUUCAAAUUGUACUCUUUUUUGCUCAGAACUGAACUGCGUGUUGGCAUAUUUUGUUCUUUUUUUCCCGUCCAAAACUCAAUGAUUGUUCUUGUACAUUAAUUAUGUAAAUAUGUCGACAUGUCUUGUGAGACUGAGCGCAGCCAUGUUAUUAUCCUCCUACUUACUUACAUUAUCUCCUAGCUUCUACUCUUACUUUUGUCAAGUGAUGUGUUGUUCAAUCUUAAGAUUGUGUAUCCACCGGGCAGGCAGUCGAGUGAGCAUUGUAACGUUGCUGGCUGCUCUGGUCAUGUGCCCAAAUCUCGCGUGUUGUGCAGAUUUGCGUGCAUGCUGCGCCGCAGCCAGGUCGCAGAUUCCAGUCGCUCCUUUUAAUAUAAGCACUCGUCAAUGUAAACACAAAGCAAAAUACUCUCUCGCCCAUACGUACUUACUUGCUUAGUGAACCGACCACACCAUGUAUAAGGUUGCUCUUAAUGGAAAUUAUGUUCAUAACUGAAACUUAUAAGCGGGCUUCGUUGGGCCAGCAAAGUGUCAUAUAUUUUGCAUUUUGCGAGUCGCAACGAAGCCCAGUGUAAUUAGUCUAAUGAAUCCAACUAUGAAUGUAAAAACAUAAAAAACUCUUUAUAUAUCAUACGGCAGCGAGACUAUUCUUUAUAUGUAAACUGUACCAACCGAUUGUAAUACCCCCUAGAUAAUGCCCUCCGUGACUCUAUGCUCCAUGCUCUCUCAACAUACAUCAAUUCUGUCUCUAUCGUUUUCCGU